AUGGGCUUCCUCAUCCUCUUGACACUCGCUCUCUGUGCACGCGCAUCCCAGCGCAAGCACUUUGCAACACGCUACUGGCUCGAUGAGGAGAAGCGCGAACGCAAGCAGACGAAAGCUUCAGAUCUCAGACAUGCUCAGCAGCGCGCGACGUUUGAUCGCUGUAAAGAUCUUAUUAUCCAGCGAGAUCGUUUGUAUGAUCCAAUUAUCCAACCAUCCUAUGCGCAGUUGCAAUCUUCACCCCGACGGUCGGCGCAUCGAGUCUAUGCAACGCAGCUGCCUCUUGUAUUUCCCUUUGUCAACAGUCCGACUCCGGCGCCUGCGCAAUCACCAGUCAGGCCAAUCAACAAGGUCGUAUCGCAUCCAGGCGCGCAAACACCCGUCCCAACCAAUGUGCAGGCAUGUCCAGAGACGGUAGACAAGCAAUCACUGUACAGUCAAACAAGCUCUCUACUCUUACCCGACGUGCCUACAAAGUCUGUACUCAGAGAUGAAUCAGGCCGGCAAAGACCUGCUUCAUACGCAUCGGCGCCUUCUUCACCACAAACACCACGCACCAUUGACGCAGUCUUGCAACAACUUAUCAUUGAAGCUGAUCGGGCACGCGUACGACCCGUCUCAGAAAUGGGCCGUCGUCCAAGACCACCCUUCGAAUCACGCCCAACAACACGUUUGAGUUCUUGUUCUAGCACCAGCGGUCGUAGUGAAGACGGCAGUCACAACAGUUUCAUCAGUACUUCGACUUUGCCAACGAGUAACGCAGCGCAUGAAAAUGGUCGCGAUGCGUACCGUCGCAACAAGCAAAAUCGCAAGCAAUACCGGACAACGGCCCUUGAGACGCUGCAACUGGUGCAACAGACCAUUUCUGUGAUUCGUGCAGAUAAAGGUCAAGUGGAGGAUGCCAUGAGGUCUCCAUCAGCUGCUAGCACGGAUGGAUCUAGCAGAUUUUCAUCAGAUGACGAGGAGGACUUCAGUUCUGAGCUCAACUAUUACUCCUCAGCUGGCUUUACAGGACAACGACGAUACGCCAACUAUCUUUGA